AUGGCUGACGUCUUCAGUGUGCAGAUUUUCUUCAUUGUCUUCAGAGAAGCUCUAGAAGCCAUCAUUGUCAUCUCGGUGCUUCUCGCGUUCGUGAAGCAGUCGAUUGGCGAGGACAACAAGAAGCUAGGCCGGAAGAUCAAGAUCCAGAUUUGGGUCGGGUCGAUUCUGGGUGUCAUCAUCUGUCUCGGUAUCGGUGGUGGUUUCAUCGGUGCAUACUACACGCUUGGUAACGAUAUUUGGGCCAACUCGGAGGAUCUUUGGGAAGGUAUUUUCUGUAUCAUCGCCACCGUCUUGAUCUCCUUGAUGGGGAUUGCGAUGGUCAGAAUCAACAAGUUGCAGAGAAAGUGGAGAAUCAAGAUCGCUAGAGCCAUUGUGACUCCUCCAGCCAAGAGAGCCGACCGUUUCAAGAUCGGCUACUUGCUCAAGAAGUACUCCAUGUUCAUUUUGCCUUUCAUCACCACCUUGAGAGAAGGUUUGGAAGCCGUGGUCUUUGUCGGUGGUGUUGGUAUCUCGGAAACAUCUGCCAGAGCUUUCCCAUUGCCCGUUGUCAUGGGUAUCAUCGCUGGGCUUGCCGUCGGUUGCUUCUUGUACUACGGUGGUUCUGUCGUCUCCUUGCAGGUUUUCCUCUGUGUUUCUACCGCCAUCUUAUACCUAAUUGCUGCCGGCUUGUUCUCCAGAGGUGUCUGGGAUUUCGAGCAAAAUUUGUACAGUCGUCAAACAGGCGGUGACGCUGCCGAAAACGGAUCCGGUCCAGGUACCUACAACAUCCACAAGACUGUGUGGCACGUCAACUGCUGCAACCCAGAAAUUGACGAAGGUUGGGAUGUUUUCAACUCCUUGUUGGGAUGGCAAAACACCGCCACUUACGGCUCUAUCAUUUCCUACAACUGCUACUGGCUCUUUGUCAUCGUCAUGCUAUCCUUGAUGUUGUUCGAGGAGAAACACGGACACUUACCUCUCCUCAAGAUUGGUUUCAGACAACUGAACCCAAUGUACUACAUCAAGAACAAGAAGAAGGACGAGUUGACUGCCGAAGAAGAAGAAGAAUUGUUCCACAAAGCAAAGGCUCAAAUUAAGGGCCACGCUAAAGAGGAAGAAUUGGCCGAGGCUCAUGAAGCGACCGACUUGAGCAGCUCCACUAACGUCUAUUAG